UUGGUUACACACGUAGUACUGGUGCCGUCCGUUUGUGGGUCACAGCAAGUUCUGCCGACACCCAGACACCAAGAUGAGCUGGAACGGCUGGGCAGAGAGCGUGCUGAAGAAUGGCAACCAGCCUACAAGCGACAAGGCGUGGAUAACGGACCAGAAGGGCAACUUGUGGGGAUACUGCGACAAGGACGGUAACCAGGGGCAGUGCCCGAUGUCACCUGAGGAGUUUCAGGCUGUGACUGACCUUUUACAAGGAAAAAGAAACCAAGCAGAUGGACUUACCAUUGGAGGCAUUCACUACAUUGUUCUUAUUGCUGACGACGAUUGCAUUGUUUGUAAGAAGGGUGCAUCUGCAGGUCUGACCAUUGCCAAAGCUGGCCAGUGUAUUAUUUUUGGACAGUAUGAUAACAGUGAAACCACACCUGGCAACAACCGGCUGAUGGUGGAAAAAGUGAGAGACAUGUUGAAAAGUAAUGGAUACUAACAUGGCUUGUGAUUUUCAACCAGUGAGACUGAUCUAUUAACAGGCAUCGCAUACUAAUGCUCCACCUUGAUGUCACCUUCCACCUGUGACCUUAUUCAGUGAGUUCAUUAUUUGCAUUAGAUGCUGUUGCUUCUUCUGACUUUCCCACCUUCUAGAUGUGUGAUGCUCACUAGAAGGCAGCACACCUGAUCCUGUAUGGUGAGCAUAGAAUAUCCAGUCUAGCGAUAGAGAGACUUGUCAAUGUUGUCUGGAGAUGGUUAGAAUUUUCUAAAGACUCAGCAAUGUUCGUAGUUGGUGCUGUUUGGAGUUAUUGAUUAUGUUGUCCCUCACCUUGAUGUACCUUGCAUACACAAACUGUUCAUGAAAAAGACAACAUGCAAAUAAAAUAUUGAUACGACUAUUGCUUAAGUAAAAUGAACGAUAGGCAUGACAUCAUAAAUGAGUUAAGUAACACAUAAAACUGAUGUCUUCGUCCUUUUUCCAAAAGGCAGGCGAGGUUAUCUGUGUUUGUCUUAUGUUGUAUCUCAUGCCUGUUGUACAUGGGCACAUUUGAAGGUGGAUUGUUGCUGAUUUUCAUUAAACUUGUAAUGAAUGUGUAUUAAUCUUAAAUCUAACAUUCCAUAUUUUAGGAAUUGGAGUUGCCAGCAUUUAGUAUUCUGCAGGAGAGUACCUUGGUUUGCAGCACAUGUAACUGAAUAAUUCAUAUCAUCAUUAACUUAAUUAUUUGAGUUUGGAUUUUUUUCUUUAGUAUGCUAAUUAGACUCAAGAAACACACCUACAGAUCAGUCUCAGAACACUUUGUGUACAUGUGUGUGCACAUUUACACAUUUUUGAGGGUUGGAGUGUUCCGAGUUCAUUCUUGCUUAGCAUAGCUAAAUGUACAUACUUUGGUUUAGGGGUCAUACAUAUUUACACAUUUUCCAGUCAUCCAAGAGAUAGCACAAGUUUGCUGCGAUGAGCAUUGUCCGAAAGUGUACCAUGACAAGUGUUCUAGAUCUUUCUCAUUAUCUCAUCUGUGCCUUGAUCUGUCCCAGGUUGUGUUGGUGGCUUUGUCUGGUACACUGUUAGCAAGCCCUGUGAUGUUGGUCUUUACUGGUCUGAGCUGACCUGCUGCAGCAUAGUUGUCUGAUAAAGCUGCAUGUAGAAUGUUAGUCAGCAUCUUGCAGUAUGUCACAAUUACUUUCCACAUUUGAUGUGUAUAUUGGAAUCCAUUUUUAUAAGAAUUUAGAAUCUUAAGCAUUUUGUUGUGAAUGGCUCAUUUUUUUGAAGGUGGUUUGACUUAAAAAAGAUUUGGACAUUUUUACAUUUCUAGAAAAAUUCUUCAACUUUUAAUACCUGUAACUUGUAUGUUUGUAAAAACAUUUUCCUUCACAUCUGGUUUUCAGUUAAGUUUACUUACAAGAUCUUUGUUGCCCUAUCCUGCAUUGCACACUUUUGUAAAACCUUCUAUUUGUGUAGCCAACUGGCCAUUUGGAGUAAACUUUGUGUAAACAUUCCAUUAAAAUAAUGACAAAA